ACUGCUUCCUCGGUUGCUCCUUAUCCGCUUCACAUGUGAUGAUUAACAUGAAUACAGGGUGUGUCUUCUUCACAGUUGAUCCCAUCCAUUAUUCUGAAUAAAUUCCUCAUAUAAUGACUUUGGCCAUUGCAGCAGCAACCCCACCUCCUCUAACCAAUAACCAUAACAACAGCCUUAUCCACUUGUUGAAUAACAACUCCACUGGCAUCAUCACCAUGUCUCACCUUAAGCAAAUACACGCCCAAACGCUACGCACCAUUGACACCACCAACCAUCCACAAGCUCUCUUCCUCUACAGCAGAAUUCUCCACUAUUACUCCUCUUUGGCUGAUCUUAACUAUGCUACUCGGCUAUUUCACCACUUUGGGAAACCCAAUUCCUUUAUGUGGAACACUCUCAUACGAGCCUACGCGCGUAGCGCCAACCACAAACACCAGGCCAUUGAGCUUUACAAAGCUAUGAUGUUGAUGAUGGAAGAAGAAGUUGUACCUGAUCACUACACAUUCCCCUUUGUUCUGAAAGCGUGUGCUCACACUUUUUCUCUGUGUGAAGGAAAACAGGUUCAUGCUCAGCUUCUGAAACUUGGGUAUGAGUCAGAUACUCGUAUUUGCAACAGUUUGAUUCAUUUUUAUGCCACGUGCGGGUGUUUGGACAUGGCACUGAAAAUAUUUCAGAACAUGUCUGAAAAGAGUGAGGUUUCGUGGAAUGUCAUGGUUGAUUCUUAUGUAAGGGCUGGAGAGUUUGACACUGCCCUGAAGGUGUUUGGUGAAAUGCUCAAGUUACAUGACCCUGAUGGUUAUACAAUGCAGAGUGUUAUCAGUGCUUGUGCUGGUUUGGGUGCUCUGUCUUUGGGUAUGUGGGCUCACGCUUAUGUUAUGAAAAAGUGUGACAAGAAUGUGGCUGCUGAUGUUUUAGUCAACACUUGCUUGGUGGAUAUGUAUUGCAAAUGUGGAUCAUUGGAAAUUGCUCAGCAGGUGUUCGAAAGAAUGCCAUAUAGAGAUGUAAACUCAUGGAAUUCAAUAAUCUUGGGAUUUUCCAUGCACGGGAAGGCUGAGGCAGCUUUGGAUUAUUUUUUCCGGAUGGUGAAGAUAGAGAAAUUUGUGCCGAAUUCUAUCACUUUUGUUGGGGUCUUGAGUGCAUGUAAUCACAGGGGCAUGGUUAAUGAGGGGCUUAUGUAUUUUGACAUGAUGACUAAAGAGUACAAUGUUGAGCCAAGAUUAGAGCAUUAUGGGUGUCUUGUUGAUCUUUUUGCUCGAGCUGGGCGCAUCCAAGAGGCUCUGAACUUGGUUUCAGAAAUGCCCAUCAAACCAGAUGCUGUAAUCUGGAGGAGUCUUUUGGAUGCUUGUUGCAAGCAAGAUGCAAGUGUUGAGCUAGGUGAAGAAAUGGCAAAACAAGUUUUUGAGAUAGAGGGGAGUGUUUGUAGCGGUGCUUACGUGCUUUUGUCAAAACUCUAUGCAUCAGCUAGCAGGUGGAAUGAAGUUGGUUUACUUAGGAAGCUAAUGAGUGAUAAGGGUGUGACUAAAAAACCUGGCUGUAGUUUAAUAGAGAUAGAUGGAGUUGCUCAUGAAUUUUUUGCUGGGGACACAACUCAUCCAAAAAGUGAAGAUAUAUACAAGUUUUUGAAUGAAAUUGAUGAGAAGCUAGAAUCAAUGGGGUAUUUACCUGACUACUCAGGGGCACAUUUGGUUGAUGAGACUAUAGAUGGAAAGAAGAGCACUCUGAGGUUGCACAGUGAGAGAUUGGCCAUAGCUUUUGGGCUCUUGAACUCAAGACCGGGCAUGCCAAUAAGAGUAUUUAAGAAUCUAAGAGUGUGUAGUGAUUGCCAUAAGGUUACUAAAUUAAUAUCCUCAAUUUACAAUGUGGAGAUAAUUGUAAGAGAUCGUGCUCGAUUCCAUCACUUUAAAGAUGGAACCUGUUCUUGUAUGGAUUAUUGGUGAUAGAUGCUCAUGCAAUGGGUCAUGAAAUGUAUAGUGGAAAAUCUCUGGAGAACUUCAUCGAAAUGAUAUUCUGGGUGCAGUUGACCAAUGGAAAUCCAUGUUUAUGUAUUACUAUCUAUUCUCUUUGCAAAUCCUUGGAUAAAAAGGAAGACAUACUGCUUACUGUAGCAGACUAAUGUUUCUACACCAUGAGUCCUUGGAUCUAUAACUCAUUUCCAAUUACAAUAUUUCUGUAAAUAGAUUGUUAAAGAUAAUGAACAAUUUUUCUUGCAGUUGCAAAAAAAUUGUAUCAAUUUAUUAUCAUCAUUUUAGGAAAUCAUCCUUUCCUUGCAGACUACCAAGUGACAGAUGCAU